AUGUACAACAUAAGAUUCACGACUACUACGCUUAAACGAUCCGUUGUGAACGAUCUCCUGCAUACACGUACUGAUGCCUUGGCGGCGCACAAAGAACUGAAUUGCGGGGAAAUGUACGGAGCGAAGGGGGAGGGGGGGGAGGGGCGAAGGGGGGGGGAGGGGUCGGCGGCGGGCACGCCACCGCUACGCCAGUCUCGCGUCGGCGACGUAGCGAUAGCUGGCAACGUAGCAACAAGUGAACGGGCGGGGGAUGUGGAGGGUCCCCCCCCCCUCUCCCACCCGCACUACAAACGCACC